AUGGGCCCCUGUACCGCCUCCUCACGCUGCUGCCAGGCCCCUAAUCUGCCAUGGGCCCCCGUACCGCCUCCUCAUGCUGCUGCCAGGCCCCUAAUCUGCCAUGGGCCCCCGUACCACCCUCCUCACGCUGCUGCCUGCCAGGUCCACAGUGUGUCAUGGGUCCCUGUACGGACUCCCAUUGCUGCUGUCUCCAUCGCCACACUCUGCCAUGUGCCACUUUCAGGUCUCCUCACACUGCUGCUGGGUUCCAUUUUGUCAUAGGAUGCUGGCAGAUUACAGGCCUCCCAUAGCUGCUGCCAGGCCCCUAAUCUGCCAUGGGCCCCCGUACCGCCUCCUCACGCUGCUGCCAGGUCCACCAGUGUGUCAUGGGUCCCUGUACCGCCUCCCAUUGCUGCUGUCUCCAUCGCCACACUCUGCCAUGUGCCACUUUCAGGUCUCCUCACACUCCUGCUGGGUUCCAUUUUGUCAUAGGUUGCUGGCAGAUUACGAGCAUCUCCCAUAGCUUCUGCCAGGCCCUUAA